AUGUCCAAAAGCUCCAGUUCUAGCAAUGAUGGUACCGGUGGUGGAAGUGGUAACGUUUCACAGGGAGAUGUGACUCACACUGCUCUCGGUGAUGCUAAUAACGAUAGUAAUACAGAAGUGUGCGAAAAGACGAUUGCUGAUGCCCAGAAGUGCAACUCAGCACCGGCUUCCGGUGUUGCUGUUCCCUGCCCGAAGGAUGUGCCUGAGAACUGCCCACAGCCCAAGGAUCUUCUGGCGGGUGGGACUUGUAGAGAGAAUGGUAAGCCUGGCCCCUGCACAGAGUCUGGCAAGUCAGCACCUAAGGCUGCUCGUCCUAAUAGCGAUGUCCAGAGUUCCCUGGAACUUCCGAAAUGUGCCGGCGCUGAGGAUUCAUUGGAUAAAGAGGUAAAUUGUGUAAAACUUGUGUCCCCACCAGUGCCUCAACCUCAGCGUCACCCAAUGCCACUGCGCGAGGGCACCUCAGGCAUGGACAGACGUUUACCAACAAGGACAGUGGUGGACCAGAUGACAAAGGAAGAAGUUCUACAAAAAAGCGAGAAAGAUUCCCGAACCGAUCCUCGUGAAGCACCACCAAACAAUCAUGAAAACGGUAACCCGCGCGACACUCAUACGACAGGUAAGGGCCUCUCGGAAGGGGGAGACUCCAAUAAGGUUUCGGAGGGUCUCACAGAAGGUUCCGAAGAGAAGAAUGAUGCCAAUGGUUCUGCUGCCUCACCACAUGCAGUAAACACACCUGGCGCUGAGAGCGCUGCUGACGAUCACCGAAAUGGAGAGCCUUCUGAGAGUACUCCUCAGGCUGCAGUCGAACAAAGUGGUGCCGUGCAAUCGCAGGCAUCUCCCACCUCUACUUCCAGGAGUGCCACGGAAGCCACAGGCAGCAGCCAGCCGAGCAGCAGUCCGUCAACCGACAAGGGCCAAGACACAAAGACGGCGGACAGCAGCGUAAGUCCUGUGUGGGUGCAUGCACCGCUGCUUCUGCUGGCGUUGUUUGCAGUGGCGGCUGUGUGA